AUGUCUGCAAUCUGCCUCAUUCAGUACCCAUACUACCAUCGAAUACAGGACGCCAUGGAUGAAGCAGGCACUGCCAUACACCUGUUCGAAGACCUCAACAUCACCUGGUUAAUGCUGCAGGCAUUGCCGUCAGUUGAUGAAGUGUUCGAGAAAUGCUACUGGCAGGGCCACCGUUUCAACUGCUCGAGUCUGUUCUUCCUGCAGCGGACAGAGAUCGGCUUUUGCUACGCAUUUAACUCACUCACAUCGGAAAACAGGAGGCACUGCGUCGGUGAACCUCGCUUGACGUCAGGCAAUAGCGAUUCGUGCCAAGUGUGGCGCAAUGUGGCGGGGGGUGCCCUCUCCGGCUUGGAAAUCUUCUUGAGGACACCGCCUGCCGCUCAAGGACAUCGAUGGGACAAUCGCUAUAGGCUAAUGAUCAAUGAAGUAUCAUCUGUGCCAAACUCACUGAGGAGCCACUUGAUACCUUCGAGCACCCAUCACGUCACCGUGGUCGAGCUGGAAGUCUCUGUAACUGAGAGCAGUCCACAAAUAGAACAGCUGCCAACAGAAAAGCGGCGCUGCUUGUUUGCCAAUGAGAGACACCUAAUUCUUAGUCGCUACUCUCAAGUAGCAUGCACAGUGGAAUGUAGACUUGAGUACAUGCUGCGAGUCUGUAAUUGUACUACAUAUGUCUUCAACCAGAUAUCAGCAACAACAUGA